AUGCGGAAGGACACUACGAUCUUGGCCGUGCAUCCAGAGACAGGCGCCCUCCAAUUUGCUGCCGUGAAGGGCAAGGACAUCUUUCUCAACGAGAGCGAGGCAGUGGCCUACCUGAAGGCCAACUACCAGCUGAAGAACGCCACGGACAUGACGCUGCCCGGAGGCCAUGGCGUGUUCACAAUCAUGGAGGCCAAAUGGAUGAAGAUGGAUCUCAACUACCUGGGCUCACCCAACAAGGUUGAAGCCAGGAACAUGGAGGUCAUGCAGGACUUCCCACUCGAGGGCCUCCACUUCUAUUGCGACACCUUCGACAUCACCAGACCCUAUCCCUCGGCCUAUCCCGUCGACCAGGAGGGACUUCGCAUGUGGUGUGUGGUCAUGCUCCAGGGCGUGGCGUUGACCAAGACGAUCCCUGUGGCAUCUCACAAACCAGCCUUGCACCUUGGAGUGCUCACGCGAAAGAGUACCAUCAACGCCGGCACUCGGUACUACGCCCGUGGGCUCAACAAAGCCGGCGGGCCCGGUAACGAAUCGGAAUGCGAGUUGCUGAUGUGGACCAACGCAGCCCACUCGGACCUGGUUGGCGAAUCGCGCGUGGUGGUUGAGGCGGAGCACCCGUUCAAGGGCUCGGACAAAUACUACGCUCGCCUCCUGCGAAGGUAUGGGCCGCAUCCAUUCACCAUAUGCAACAUGUUGCGAAUCGGUGCCAUGCACGAAGAAUCCACGCUUACCGAGUUUUUCGAACGAUCACUGGACGAGGUGAAGAAGAUCAUGCCCCUCGAUGUCAAGAUGAUCAAGUUCGACUGGCAUCACAACCUGAAGCAAAUGGGCUCACAAAAGGCCAUCGAAACUCUAUGGACCCUGCUGCGCUCCUCUGUACAGAACGUGGGGCUGAGCUGUGGCCAGAUCAGUCUGGUGGACGUGCGCGACGGCGAGAAUGCGGAUGACGACGACGGCGGAUCCGAGGAGGGAGAGCUCCACGGGUCGCGAGAUGCGCACUGUUUCCCUUCGCUCGAGCCGAGCCCGUCGCGAUUCGAGUGCGUGAGCAGCUACCCGGCCUUCUCGCUCAAGACCGUGCCCUGUCUGUUCUCCGACCUCGAACCCGAGAAGUGGCUCCUGGCGGACAAGCUCACGAACGAGCCCUUUUCGUGGAUUGCGCCCAGCGGUUGUGAUGUUCUCGAGUUGUACAUAGUGCUUCGACGGAGCUGCGACCUUAAAGAGUUUGCGCUGACCGUGACUGGCGGCGCCGGUGAUGCGGCGUACCCCGUUUACGUCGACCUGUUCAUCGGACCCUACCUCAACCGUCUGAGUAUCGUGAUGCAGGACCUCCCGCUCCCUCGGGUGACGGCCGGCACCAAGCUCUACUACGAAGUCCCCGCGCACACGUGGACCGCCUACGAGGGGCCGUCCAUCUACGAUUUUGGCGGAGGCAAGCGACCGAAGACGAGGAUCGUGCAGUUCCGCUUCCGCGGGCUUUCGUCGAGUCACUACAUGACCAUCGGCAAGAUCGAGCUCUACGGCCAGGUGCCUCAGCCCUUGGGAUCGCCCGAGCAGGCCUACGAAAACGUUAUCCUAAAGGAAACGCACAGCAAGGUGAAAAGCAUCCUCGAAGCGCUCGAUAUCGGGGAAGAUGAGAAGCGGCGAGGCGACGCCGAGUGGAGCAGCUCGGAGGAAGAGGACGAAGGCGAAGAGAGCGACGGUCUGUCGCGCACGCCACUGGGUGGCCUCGACUUCAAAAUGGAAUCAACGCAGGAGAAGCGGAGCACCGACAUGGUUUUGGACAUGUUCGGGGUGACUCCAGCGUUUCAAGGCGAAGAGGAGGACCUGCCGCGGUCCCGCUCGUCCUCACUCGCGCUCGCCUCCAUGUCGGAGGUAUCGCCCAGGAACCCCUUCAAGAACCCGAGGGAGUUCACCAUCCUGGGCGAUCGGGCCAUCGUGAGAGAGAUCGAAGAGAAGGGAGUCGAAGAGGUGUAUGCUGAAACGGUGCGAAGUCUAUUGUGCACCAAGGGCGAAAAGGCGCUAGACUUCACCGAUACGCUGGAGCUCGAGUACCUGCGACUUUCGCUGGGAUUGACCGCGGCGCAGAGGGACCAGAUCCUGCUCAAGCUGCACCAGAGCAUCUUCUCCUACAACCCCUGCCGAUUCCACAAGUCGCCCAGCGUGUGCCACAACUGCAAGUCAUCGCUGGGCUUCUUCUCCAUCGGCGUGGCCCAGUGCUACUACUGCCACCACCGCUUCUGCUCCAGCUGCGUCGGCACGCCGACCAAGAUCAUCGAGUUCAUGUGGGACAAGCCCCAGCCCGUCUGCAAGCGCUGCCAGGCCAAGCUCCUGCGCCAGGCCGAGCUCCUCACCAACGUGCAAUACGAAAUCGGCAAGCAGAAGAACAUCAUGCCUAAGGAGGAGGAAGCGCGAGAGGAGCUCAUCCGUACGUUGCAUGAGGCGCGACCAGUGCCCAGCCUGGCCAGUUCCAGCUCCGACCUGCCCGCUGCGUUCUCCGACCUGCAAGCACGGCUCGCCUUCGCGUCGAUGCCCACGGCCGUCUCGCUGGCCGACUACCCCUCCGCCUGCGUCCUUCUUGAUGUGCCUACACGAGCCUUAUCCGCUCCGAUCGAAAGUGUUUUGGUUCCCGAGCACCUGCAAGUAUCGUCCAUCAUCAGGGAGCAGAGUUUUGCAUCGUACUGGAGCGCGCCGGCGCAACAGGGUUGCGUGGAGAUGCGCAUCGCGCUCGCGGGACCGUCCGUGGUGCGUUCCUUCUCCAUCGUUGUCGACGAGCUCGGCUACAGCGAGAGCGACGCGCCGAUCGUGUCGCUGCUGGCCGGGCACACCAUCUCCGACUGGCGCAACGUCGGCUCGUGGAACCUCGCCAACUUCACCCACCUCCUGCCCAACUACCUUACCUUCGAACUCGAGCAACCGGAGGAGUGCCGCCUGCUGUCCUUCACGCUGCGACUACCCGAGCACGCCGCGGCCAGUCCUCCUCACUACACGGAAGGCAACAACAACGACACCGACAACGUCGACAACAAUGUCGACACUGUCGCAGCUGGCGACGACCGGCGCCCCAGCCCCAAGGCCAAGGAGCACGAGCCCGACACACCGCUGGGGCGGAGUGGCGAGCGAAGAGACCCGGAAGUGGUCAAGGCCUUGUCGACGACGGCGCGGGUGGAGGAGAAGGAGAAGGAGGUCUUCCUCCACCUGGGUCGGCUGCGGGUAUACGGCGACGUGCUCGACAUGUACAAGCUCGAACAGCGCGAGCAGGAGAAGAAGGCCUUCAAGCGGCGCAGCGCGCGGCUGGCCAUUAGUGCCAACGACGAGACCGCCGCCACGCUCGACGUCUCGGCCCUCUCCACCACCACCUUCGCCUCAUCGUCGCCGGACGAGCCCUCGUCGUCUGCCGAACCGGCGGCGACGGGGCCUUCGCCCUUGGUAGUGAGCGGCGGCUUGAUGGCGGCGCAGGCCGCGGCGGCGAGUGCGACGACGGCCGGCACGAGCGUGGCGUCGUUCCUCGCGUCGCUGCCGUCGUCCCUCUCGUCGCCCUUCACCUCGCCCUCGCCCACCUCCGUACUCCCGCGCGACCUGCCCCUCACCGGCCUCGAACGGAUACUCUACGACCAAAUCAUGAACACCCCUUCGCCUCGCAACUAUAACUUGAUCACGCCAGUGUGGGCGCAGUCGCGCAACGGGAAGCAGAUGAUCGACAUCUGCAUCGAGCCGAGCACGGUCACGGGCUUCGUGGCCCUGGUGCGGCACGGCGACGAGGGCUACCUGUCGCAGGUCAAGCUCAUCCGCGUGCUGGCCAUCGUGACGGGCGAGGCCAAGGGCGAGAUCGUCUCCUUCCGCCCCGUCGGUCGCUUCGUCCUCCCCAAGGCCCGGCCACGCACCUACCUCUGCUUCGAGUUCUCGUCGUCGCCUUCCUCAUCAUCAUCAUCAUCGUCGUCGUCUUCUUCAUCAACGACGCCAUCGUCAUGUGCGACGCCGGCGCCGCUGCGGGCCAACAUCCUCACCUUCCAAUUCCUCUCCAACUACGGCGGGCGGGAGACCCAACCGCCGAAGAUCUAUCUCUUCAGCUCUGGCGCCUCAUCAUCGUCAUCGUCGGCCUCGUCGAGUUCUUCCUCCACCACCGAGCAGUAG